UGACUGCGCUUCGUUGGCCCGUGCGUACUAGAGAGGCGCGACAAGCACCGGAGAGCUGGCGAAAUAGCAGAUUCUGGGGGAAGGCGUGCGGGUUCUCUCAAUCUAUCCUCUGUACCUAAUUCCUGUAGCAUCCGGCCGAGGCACCAAGUGAGUUUGUCAUGGGCGACAGCAUGGACGAGGAGCUAGAACGCGGUGGCGUGUCCAUCGCGAGUGCUCCCGGGCAACUUCCGUUCUCGAACGGCUACCAACACCCUCAGCAGCAACAGAUCGCCGCCCAGGUGGAAGCUGCGGUGGCGACAAACCAUCAGAGACAUCAGCAGCAGCAGCAGCAGCAGCAGCAGCAGCAGCCGAUGGCAGGGUGGCCGAGGAAGCGCGAAAGAGCCGGCGAGGAAAACAGCAGUAUGGAUAGCUUCAUCCCGAUGAUGAGCGCUUCCGGUGCCCUGGGGAGAGAGUCCCCCGACUCGGAGAUGUCUUCAUCUUCCGGCAGCGGCGGCUCGGACCGCUCCAUAAACCGUGGGAUCAAGAGGAUGAGGCUCAACAACCAGCAGCAGCAGCAGCACCCCGACUGCCUCCACCAACAGGAGCAACAGCAGCAGCAACAGCAGCCGCACCAAGGACACCACCCGCUGUCCGCCUUCGACCGCUUCUCCCCUUCCUCCUCAGCCGCCACGGGCGUUCUCGCCACCGCUACGCUGCACCACCCCCGCCCCCUAACGCUAGGCCGAGCGGCCUCCUCCGCCAGCACCCACGACGCCCCCCCGACCCAGGCGGUACAGAGAAGCUCCGGCGGCGGCACCCUGCCCCCCGCCAGGUACGUCCGGGGCAUCCGCGUGGAGGCCGAUGCCCCCUCGGACGUCGACUACUCCAACGUCAACCACGCGCUGCGGCAGCUACACAUGGAGAGGAGGAUGAUGGCCGCGGCAAGGGGGGAGGGCAGGCAGCAGCAGCCGCCGCCGCCGUCGGCCGGGGGCGGGGGUGGGAGUGCGGCUUCGGGGGUUCCCGCCCCCGGCGGGGGGUGGGCGGGCGGCGCGCCUGUUCGAUGAUAAGAGGGGUAGGGUUGCUGGCCCGAUGUGUGAGUUUCGUAUUUUUUUCACAUGGGGUGUUUUCGGGGGCGCUAUUGCAGAGAUGGUGGGGUAGAGGUAAGGUAGCUAGCUUUAGGAGCACUAUUUUUUGUGGAGAGCUGCGACACUCUUCUUUUCUCUUGUGGCCAAUGUAUGCAUCAUUCGCAGAAGAAUACCUCCGCGGGUCUCCCAGGGUGGUUGGUGGCUGGCACCGCAGGAUUGGCAUGAAGGGCCGGCUGCCUCGAUAAAACUCGGAGGGCGGCCCGUUAUCGUUGUGGAAUGAUUGAAAGGUCUGCACCAGAACAUGCUUGCAGGCUUGUUGGGCCGCACUGCUUCCUUAGUGUGUUUGGGUGUGGGUAUUGUGUUGGUGUACAUAUUGGUGUUGUUGGAACUGCGCUACUGCGGUUGUGUGUGAUACUACUGUCCUUGCUGUGAAUUGUUCGUUGCUCGGGGUGGCAUUCUCCAGUUUCACUUUGUCCCCUCCCCCUUUUCGUGCUGCAUACGCUGCCGCUACACCGGCUUGCCAUUGCUGGUGUUGAUGAGUCAAUGGUUGUUUGUGGUUCCCGUUUUUUUUGUAUAUUACCACGGUCUGAUUUGCGGCCGAGAGGUCAUGCUACUCUCCUUCUAUCUCAAUUUAUUUGUUUUUUAGUGUGUGCCAGCUAGUCAGAGGCUGAUAACGGGUGGCAGCAGCCCUCAUCAUGUCGGCUCUGGAGGCGGUUGUGACAAAAGGAGCUGUGCCACCCUUUGAGCUAUUCCUGCCUUAUAUUAGGAUGGGUAGACUCUCGAACAGCCCAGAAUUGGUCGUGGGGGGUGGUGGCAGUCGGAGCUAUGGUUCAGCGCGCCAACCAAUCGUGAGAGGUUGUAGUGGGGUGAGAAUUGUACAAUGGUGAGUGGGAGGGGUUGGGCGUGUCCCUGAGGGGGUUGGAGAUAGUUACGUUGUUGGCGAGCGCCUUGUCAGCGCGACGAAUGCGUCAAAUCGAAUGGAUUAUAGUUCGUGCGGUGGGUCUUCGUCUGUGGUGAUGAUGGUGCUGGUGCUACCAAAAAAAAGGUGGUUCAUGAGGUUUUUACGUUGGCGGUCGAUAUAUUCAACGCUUAACGGCAAGCUUGUCAGUCGUCAGGACCGCAAUCGGUGUCGUACUCAUGCGGCGCGAUUGCCGUUGUUGUCUUAUCGCGGCGGAGGGUGGGGUUUCAAUGAGGAGUGACAACGUUGAGACGUUUUUUGCGGGUGAGGGCUGCAUGUGGCAGCAGGUGGUUAAACUCGAUUGGUGGUUGACUGUGAUAGCUUCAGAGCCGUGCGUACAUGCGCUUCUGCCAUGUGAUGAUGAGUUUUCACAGUUCGGUACUAUUACGUAAACCACUGUAUUCAAGGUUCACAUUUUUUAUUGGUUGAGGUUCGCUGGGCUCUCAUGUGAGCUGUGUGCAAGCCGUUAAACUUCGGGACCGUUACAUCUGGCAGCUGGCACGCUUUCAUUUUCAUUUUGCAC